CCGGCAGGCAACUGUGUGUCUGUGAUGUGUGCUUCCGGCGGCUUCCGGGCUGUUUAACACCUCAGCCACGGGGGCCACCGGGCUGAAGUGGUGAGCACAGAACGCGGUGGGGGCGGGGGACGCCUACCAGCCCACCUGUCUUUGGGUCCAGCAGCCUCUAGCCAUGGACCGGGACCUUCUGCGACAGUCACUGAAUUACCACGGGCCGUCAUUGCUCUCCCUUCUCCGGAGCGAACAGCAGGACAAUCCGCACUUCCGGAGCCUCCUGGGGUCGGCCGCGGAGCCGGCCCGGGGCCCGCCGCCCCAGCAGCAGUUACAGGGCAGAAAAGAGAAGAGAGUUGACAACAUUGAAAUACAAAAAUUCAUUUCCAAAAAAGCAGAUUUGCUUUUUGCACUUUCCUGGAAGUCAGAUGCACCUGCAACUUCUGAAGUCAACGAAGACAAUGAAGACGGGUAUGCAAUCAUGCCACCUUUAGAACAGUUCAUGGAGAUCCCUAGUAUGGACCGGAGAGAGCUCUUUUUCCGAGAUAUUGAGCGUGGUGACAUAGUAAUUGGAAGAAUUAGUUCCAUUCGGGAAUUUGGGUUUUUUAUGGUGUUGAUUUGUUUAGGCAGUGGCAUCAUAAGAGAUAUAUCCCACUUAGAAAUCACAGCUCUUUGUCCGUUAAGAGAUGUACCUUCUCACAGUAACCACGGGGAUCCUUUAUCAUAUUACCAAACUGGUGACAUUAUUCGAGCUGGAAUCAAAGAUAUUGACAGAUACCAUGAAAAACUUGCAGUCUCUCUAUAUAGUUCAUCUCUUCCACCACAUCUGUCUGGUAUCAAAUUAGGUGUAAUUAGUUCUGAAGAGCUUCCUUUGUACUACAGGAAAAGUGUUGAACUAAAUACCAAUUCUUUGGAAUCCUAUGAAAAUAUCAUGCAGAGUUCCUUGGGAUUUGCUAAUCCAGGAGUAGUUGAAUUCCUUCUAGGAAAACUAGGAAUAGAUGAAUCUAAUCCCCCAUCUUUAAUGCGAGGCUUACAAAGCAAAAAUUUCUCUGAAGAUGAUUUUGCUUCUGCAUUGAGAAAGAAACAGUCUGCAUCUUGGGCUUUAAAAUGUGUGAAGAUUGGAGUUGAUUAUUUUAAGGUUGGGCGCCACGUAGAUGCUAUGAAUGAAUAUAAUAAGGCUCUGGAAAUAGACAAACAAAAUGUGGAAGCUUUGGUAGCUCGUGGAGCAUUAUAUGCAACAAAAGGAAGUCUGAACAAAGCAAUUGAAGAUUUUGAGCUUGCAUUGGAAAACUGUCCAACUCAUAGGAAUGCAAGAAAAUACCUCUGCCAGACACUUGUAGAAAGAGGAGGGCAGUUAGAAGAAGAAGAAAAGUUUUUAAAUGCUGAAAGUUACUAUAAGAAAGCUUUGGCUUUGGAUGAGACUUUUAAAGAUGCAGAGGAUGCUUUGCAGAAGCUUCAUAAAUAUAUGCAGAAAUCUUUGGAAUUAAGAGAAAAACAAGCUGAAAAGGAAGAAAAGCAGAAAACAAAGAAAAUAGAAACAAGUGCAGAAAAGUUGCGUAAGCUCUUAAAAGAGGAGAAAAGGCUAAAGAAGAAAAGAAGAAAAUCAACUUCUUCCUCUUCAAGUGUUUCUUCUGCUGAUGAGUCUGGUUCUUCUUCAUCAUCAUCUUCCUCUUCUGGUCACAAAAGGCAUAAGAAACAUAGGAGGAACCGUUCAGAGUCUUCUCGAAGUUCCAAAAGGCAUUCAGCUAAUAAGGCAUCCUCAAGUCAGAUAGAUCAGAAUAGGAAAGAGGAGUUCUUCCCAGUUCCAACCAAUACUUUAGCAUCUUUUCUUAACCAAAAACAAGAAGUGGAAAAACUACUGGAAAAGCAGGACAGGCUACCAUAUCAAAAGAAACAGGUAAAAGAGAAAGAUAGGUGCCCUGCCUCUUCAUCUUCAGUUGAAAUUCCGGAUGAUUUUGGAGAAACUGACAUCAGACAGAAGUCAGAAGGAAAGAUUCUUACUCUGCUGGCUGUUUUCUACGUAUGCGCCACUGACCUAGAAAGAACUUAUUAUUUUUUGAUGGAUGGAUAAAGGAGGAUUUGGAGUUAGCAUUUGGAACUCCAAAAAAUACAAAUAUGACAGGGAUUACUAGGUAAAGAUAACCAUGAAAUGGCAGUCAACUCUCAAACAUCAGAACAACGCAGAUUCACCUGACCUGUCUGUCUUGCAUCUAAUAUGAAGGCAAAGGAGCCUUCCUCUCCGGAUAUCUGCCUUGCCAGAGCUGCAGCAGUAAAUUGUAGUGGUGUAGCUGCAGGUGAUGAUAUGGUCUAGGAGACAGCCAUAGGAGCAGAUAGCUAUGGGGAAGUAAAGCUUUGAGCCUGAGGUGUUGAACAGGUUGUUACAUGAGUAUUUAUUAAAGACAUGCAGGUCUUAGGAUAAAACCGAUUACAAAUGUUGAAUAAAUGAGGGAAAAUGCAAAUUAUAGCAAAACAUUUAGAAGUAUCAAAGAGUCAUCCAGACUCCUCUUUGACCUCAUGAACUCAGGGUGUAUAAGAAUAAUACCUUCAGUACCUCCACCUAACAACUAAUGUUUUAUAGCUCUAGUCGAGUAUAGAAGCUAUGACAAUGCCAUGAAAUUUGAAAUUGCAUGGCAAGAAAAAGAAAAUGACAUUUUGGUUUUUAACAGCUGGCAAAAAAAAAAAAGAUACUUUAUCACAACUAUGAAUCGAUUUAAGAUUACCUUUAUUACAUAAUAGGCCUGUGUUUUCUCCUCUUCUCCUUCAGGGGGCAGCAUAACGACAGUAAGGAUUUCAUAUCUGUUCUUCAACUUAUCAAUUUUACUCAGCCUCUCAUGAAAGUCAGCACUAAUAUGGAAAGAAAAAAAAAUUAAACACUGAAAAGCAAAUAAUAUACUUUUUUAAAAAAAACUGUAGUGCUCUUAUAUAAGACAUUUGUAUUACUACUACUGAAUUCAAACAAGUUAAACAUGUUCUCCCUUUUCAAUUUUUAAUUAGUGGGAAGGGUGUGAGGCUUCACCCUAUUUGAAAGCUAAGAAGUUAGCCUGCCAUAGUUUCAUGGAUGUUGGCCGAAGACAAAGAUUCCUAGAGUAGAGAAAAAGGACUUUAUCGUUUACAGCAUACCAAGCAGCAUGAGGUUCCUGCUCGCAGUGCUCUCAGAGUCCCAUGCAGGUGAGAAGCGCUCAAAUGGAUGCUACGCACACCACAGGUUUACAUCACAGCUGAGAAACCUCAAGCUCGAGCCAUGUUUCACCAAAGAAGUAUGGAGAAAAUUCAGGCCCAGAAAUAAGAAAAAGAGCAAGAAUGAUCUCUGAGGCCGUCAUUAAGAGAAAGUACUUCUUCUGCCUUACUGUGAAGCAUUUCUCGAGUACGUUUAACUUCAAGUUUUAAAAGAUUGUCUUCUAUCAUCAAAUCCUAUCAAUGUAACAAAAUUGUCAGACACUGAAAUAAUUAGUUAUACCCAAACCAAUUUUUUUCUUAUUGCCACAAAAGUCAAACUUGAAAAUAUAACAUUUUCUAAUUUGA